AUGGGCCUCAAUUGGCUCACUAUCGCCCUUGUUGUCGGAGCUGUGGCGCUGUCGUUUCUAUCAUUAUGGGAAUCCUCACGCUGCACACCCAAUAACUUUGAAGGCACCCAUGCCAUGAACGUGAACGUGCCACCACACAUCAACGAGCAAAACAGUCGUCUCCCUUCGCCCGAAGAGCGAAAGAAUGAUGAUAGGGUUCUAGAAACUGCAGAUCCAAAAGUAGAACAACCAAUAACAAUACCUGCAGAGUCUCCCAUAUUGCCUGCUGGUGCUGAAAUACCAACAGCAAUACCCAAGACGUGUUAUGGAACGCCACAAGAACGAAGAGCACUAGCAAGAAAUGACAAAGCAACUGCCGAAGACUGGAAGCGCAUGGCGCGAUGUACCUUAAAUCGGUACUCUACACUCUAUGGUCACUUUUCGAUGCACAUAUCCAAGGCUGGUGGGACAUCCUUCUGUGAAGCUCUCAAAGACAAGACGAAUCAAUGCCGACAGGUUCCUCCCAAAAAAGAAUCCAAAGGAACCAGCUACAACUACAACUGCUACGUCGCUCAGAAUAAGCCAAUCGAUGACGGUCCAAUGUGGAAACGACAAAAAUUCUAUCUGGGACCUCGGUGGACUCGAAAAGAGACCAAACAAAAGCUGAAAUUGGAUUUCUGGAUGGGAGGCGACGAAGAGGACAAUAUAAUACCUUGCUCUGUGAUUGAGAACCACUUGGAAACUGAAGAUAAUAUGGUUGUAUUCAGUGAAAAUCAUUUAGUAAGCGGUGAUGCAUGUGACAACAAAAUGGUCAACUCAAUUGUCAUGCGAGAACCCAUGAAACGAUUACUGUCGCAUUACAAUGAUGUGUACCUAUGGUGUCUUAAAUACAAGAACAAUCCACUCUGUCUAAAGAUGCUGCAAGGAGGCAAUCUCACGGAUGGGGUUCGUAUCUACGAUGUCAUGUUUAUGGCGGAGAACUUUGACUUUAUCAGUGAUAACAUCUAUGCUCGGUCCUUGAACCCAAGCAAAACGUACUAUGCACCCCUUGGCUUUGAGGGUAUGGAUAGCGAGGCAGUGUUAUCCUCAGCAUUGGAAUCCCUUUCAAAGUUUGAUUGGGUGGUUGUAAUCGGAAGUGGAAACUCCACCGAAGGGGAGAACAACGACCUCAUUCUCAAGGAUGGCCUUGGACUUGGUUUGGGUUUGCCCCAUUCCAACACUGUCGGUUCCAAGGCAAGCGCUAGCCAAACGACAAAGACACCUAGCUCCUUAUCUGCACAAGGCAAAGUUUUCCUGCAAAAGCUGAAUGACUUGGACUACCGGAUAUGGGAAGAAGCACAAGAUUUGCACAAUCUGGAUGUAAAGUCCAUAAACCUCAUGAAGCAGUAUGGAGCUGAUGUCUUUGCGGAGUACGAAACAAAAAAGCGAAAGAACUCUGGGGAUAUAUGUUGUGGAUACGUUUGCAAGACACCAAACAAACUCAAGAGCUAG